GGCAGUUGUUCUGUUGAUUCCGGUUGCGAAGGAUCGUCGUGAAACUUAAAGAAUGUUGCGCAAUCCAACAACUUACGUUCCUAAGGAUCGAAUCUGGAGCGGAGGCAAGCGGGUGGAAAUGUACACCGAUGAGACGUCUGUGGGCCAGAUAAUAUUCAACGUCAUGAAAACAUGGCCAAAAAACGUGUGUCAGAUAAACGAUGUGGAUGGUGUGACAGUGACCUUUGACCAGGCGAUAACUUGGGCUAUUCGAAUGGCACAGAUCUUUAAGAAAAAGGCACUGAAGCACUCGGAUGUAAUUGGCAUUGCGGCUAGGAACUCCACAUAUGUAAUGCCAGUGGCUGUCGCUUGUUUGCUGAAUGGAACUCCCUUUCACGCAGUAAAUCCGGUCGCCGAUGAAGCUACCAUGACACAUAUUUUUUCGAUUACCAAACCAUCUGUGAUAUUCUGCGAUGGACAGGAGUACAAAAAGGUCCAUGCCUCAACUAAGGCAUGGCAACCGGAAAUCUUUACAGUUGUUGAUCCUGUUGAAGGAGUCCCACAUAUCGACACGCUUUUAGAACCCACUAAAACCGAAUUUUUAUUCAGACCUGAGCCUUUGAAGGAAGGAGGCGAGCAGACUGCGGCCAUCCUGUGCUCAUCGGGAACAACUGGCAUGCCGAAGGCGGUCUGCAUUGCAAAUCGAAGUCUUCUGUUGGCCUUCUUUCCGAUGAGCAGUGAAACGGUCUUCUUUGCCGCCAGUGGUCUGGAUUGGUACAGUGGUCUAACUUCCUUGCUCUUGAGCACCGUGCUGGGCCUCACCCGCAUUAUAACCAACAAGCCCUUUUCUGCGGAGUUCUUUGUGCAGGUGGUUAAGAAAUACAAGGUGAACUUUGCCAUAAUGUCGCCUAGCCAUAUGUCUGCAGUGACCAGUUAUCCCGGAGCCACGAAGGAAGCGUUGGCCUCCAUUCACUUUAUGACCUACGGAGGUGGAUUUAUAUCACUGCCAACUCUUAAUAAAAUGCAGGAGCUCUGCCCAAGUGCGAUACUGGCCUCAGGCUACGGGAUGACUGAGGCGGGAGGAAUCACCUACAAUUUGGGACUGGGCAAGGUAAACACCGUAGGAAAACCUCCACCAGGUGUGAAGAUUCGCAUCGUAGACGACGAUGGCAAAAAUCUGGGUCACAACGAGGUGGGUGAGAUCUACGCAAACAUGGGACUUCCCUGGAAAGGAUACUAUGGCAACCCAGUGGAGACCCAACGCACGCUGGACAACCAAGGAUGGAUCCACACCGGCGAUCUGGGCUACUUCGAUGAGCAAAACCAGCUCUUUGUGGUGGACCGCAAAAAGGAGAUCCUCAAGUACCAGAGCAACCACUACUGGCCCACCGAAAUCGAAGGCGUUAUAGCGGAACUGCCUCAGGUGAAGGAGGUGAGUGUCAUCAGCAUCUUCAACGAGCAACAUGGAGAUGCCGCAGGUGCACUGGUGGUCAGACAAAAUGGUACAGCGAUAACCGCCAAGGAAAUCGCUGAUCAUGUGGCUAAGAGGCUGCCAGCAAUUGAAAAACAGCUCCACGCAGGCGUUCAGUUUACGGACAAACUGCCCACCAAUCCCAACGGAAAGAUUUUACGCAAGGCGGCCCGAGAGGAAUUUGUUGCGAAAAAGGCUGCUAAAAAUUGAUGAUUUUCUAAGAAUUAAUGUAUUAAGUUAUUUCAUUUAUCAAAGAAUUUAUAUAUAUUAAUAAAACAAUCACUGCCCUCUAAGAAGAAUCCAGCCUUGCCUAUAAAUAAAUGGA